UCUCGGCUUGGUUGUUUGUGUCCAGCAGACGACGCCAGCAGACGUGUUUACGGAGCAGCCGGAGUUGCGACGUUAACACGAAGUCCCCCCCGCGCUCUUCGACACCCGCCUUACGCUCAUCCGCGGCCACGCGACUCGACCUGCACCCGAUCGAAGUGUUGAGGCCAAGGAAAUACUCACAAGGGUCAAUUAACAUUACUGUACACCACUUUAUUUUUGUGUACUGGACAAAAGAGAUUAAAAAAAAAAAUGUCAGCCAGCGUGCAUUGUUUCUACUGUCGUGAGGACCUCGGCGGCAGGAGGUUUGUGCGCAACGAGGGUCGGCCUGUUUGCGUGCGCUGCCACACCAAGUUCUGCGCCAACAGCUGCACCGAGUGCCACCGACCCAUCUCUGUGGAAUCCAAGGAGCUGAGCCACAAGGGCCGCUAUUGGCAUGAGGACUGCUUCCGAUGCGCAAAGUGCUACAAGUCUCUGGCCAAGGAGCCGUUCACCACCAAGGAUGAGCGCAUCCUCUGUGGCAAGUGCUGCUCCAGAGAAGAAGCUCCACGCUGCCAUGCGUGCUAUAAACCCAUACUCGCUGGGACACAGAGUGUGGAGUACAAAGGCGACUCGUUCCACGAUGAUUGUUUCACCUGCUGCCACUGCAAGCGACCGAUGGCGUCGCAGAGCUUCAUCACCAAAGGAAGCGACGUCUACUGCAGCCCCUGCUAUGACGACAAGUUUGCAAAGAUCUGCGUCUCCUGCAAAAAGCCAAUUAUGUCCGGAGGAGUCAACUACCAGGGGCAGCCUUGGCACGGUCACUGUUUCGUGUGUAGCUCCUGCUCCAAGCCUCUGGCCGGGUCCAGCUUCACCACGCACCAGGACCAGGUGUUCUGCGUGGACUGCUACAAGAGCACCGUGGCUAAGAAAUGCAGCGGCUGCCAAAUGGCCAUCACAGGUUUUGGCAAAGGGGUCAAUGUGGUGACCUACGAUGGAGGCUCCUGGCAUGAAUACUGCUUCAACUGUAAGCGGUGCUCCCUCAAUCUGUCUAACAAGCCCUUUAUAGCGAAAGGAAGGGACAUCCUGUGCUCCGACUGCGGCGACGACUAGAAAACAGUCCCAACUGCUCCUUUCGCGAGGCUGCAAUUACACAAAGGUGUUGAAGAUGUCUUCAUUUCAUUGACGGUCCCAUUGACAUAUUAACAGCUUUGCAGGGAUCAACAAGCUGGCCGAGAGCAUUUUCGUUGGUCGCAGUAAACUUUGACGAAUAUACGUGUGUAAGUAAACGCACCCUGAGAAAAUACGAUAUGCUGUAUUCACAAAAUCCAAAGAAAAAGCCAAAACCCCAUAUGUGGUCUCUCUCUGUCUCUCUCUCAAUCUUAAUCUUAUCUAUCUAUAUAUGACAACUAUCCAUGUAUCCAUUAUUGGGAGUAUCAUGCAUUAAAUGACAUUAAGUAAAGGUUGCCUUUUAUUGCUAUCGUUAUGAAAUUCUUUGUUUUUUAAUACUGCAGCUGGAAAAUAAAAAUUUGUAAUGCAUCCUUCAGAACAUGUUUUUUUUUUUUUUGUAAAUAUAUUUGUAGAUAUGACGCUAUCUAUCUGCUCGCUAGCUCUCUGUCGGCUUCCUCUCGUGCUACCUGAUUGAAUGAUUCAUUAUAACGUUAAAACUGAACAUUGUGUUCCAGUGACCUUAACUUUUUUUAAUCCCAUACGCUCAUUUGUAUUUAAUUUGAAAGUGUAAUCUUUUACAACUGUUUUAAAAACGUUUAUGUGACAUACUUAGUUGUAUGUAUUGAAUUGAAUAAUUUACUUUUCAUAACUAAUUGAUUGAUUUCUAUGUAUAUUUUUAAAGGAUUUGUAUUGUACUGUUUGAGUGAUGUCCAGUAUAAAAUUUGCAUUCAGAAUGUG